AUGUCUGUCCUUGGUAAACGUGCAAGGCCCACCUCUCCUUCCUUUGCCGUCGUCGUGGAUUCACCCAUACGUACAAAGCUUCCAGCUCGAAAAAAUACCUCCUCAAAAAAAGAGAGGAAAACGGUCAAAAUCCAUGAUGACGAUGAUGACUUUGAAGAUACGAUCCAUGUCGCCAUCCCUCGGAUCGAUGAUAGUAUUCCAAGGACACCAAAGAAAUUGCGACGAGACCUACUAGAGGCGCAGGUUACGCCUUCUUCACGAGGAGUGUUGUCGCCCACGGUAUUUAGAGGAGUGGAGGCAUUAUCGAUGUCCAUUGAUUCAAAAAACCUUUCGUCUCCGAGUACGCCCCGCCACAAACACAGUGUUAAGAAGCCCAUCACCCCACGCCACAGAGUCUCAGCCAUUGGAAAACCGCUCACUCCUCGAUCUGGAAAAUUAUUUGGGACACCUACCAAGGCUGCGAUGACACCGACGAUUAUGACAACGGCCAAAGUAUUGUUCUCGAGGAGUGGGGAGCCGGGGAGAUUAGUUGGACGUGAUGAGGAGAAGAGGAAGUUGGCGGCAUUCCUGGAGCCAAGAUUGGAGGCAUGCUCCGGCGGGUGUCUGUAUGUAUCUGGCCCACCGGGGUGCGGAAAGUCUGCGCUUUUAACAGAGGUGAUGGGGGACCUAGGUGCCGACAAAGCGGUGAAUGUGAAGCGAGCAUAUGUGAACUGUAUGACCAUGCAGUCUCCAACGAGCAUCUAUGUCAAGCUUCUCGAGGAGUUCUAUAAAGGGGAGGAACUAUCAUCGCCCACCGGUAUGGCUGAGCUUGAAGCCUUGUUCAUACCCAAGAAAAGCUUAAAAAAACAGCCUGGCGAGGUUUUUGUGGUUGUUCUUGAUGAGAUUGAUCACCUUCUCACAAAAGACCAAGAAGUCCUCUAUAGUAUCUUUGAGUGGUCUCUCGUCCGCAGCUCUCGCCUUAUCCUUCUUGGAAUUGCAAAUGCACUUGACCUAACAGACCGCUUCCUCCCACGUCUGAAAGCUCGUAACCUCACGCCCCAGCUCCUUCCAUUUCUGCCGUAUACAGCGGAGCAAAUCGCAUCAGUAAUUACCAAUCGUCUGCGCUCCCUCCUUCCCAACGGUACCUCUACCCCAGGCGAUUUCGUCCCUUUCAUGCACCCCGCCGCCAUCCAACUCGCUUCUCGCAAAGUUGCGGCCGCAACCGGGGACCUACGGAAAGCGUUUGACCUCUGCCGUCGAGCCGUGGAGCUCGUCGAGUCCGAAACUCGAGCCAAAGAGAUCCAACAAAAGCAGCUUGAAACUAAAUGGCGUCACAUCACUAGGGGGGCCCCGUGUGCCCCUCGUCGAAGCUCUAAGCCUCAACACCCCGCGCAAGCUCUCUUCCACUGCCCCCCUGCCGCCCUCACAUCCCUUACCAUCCAGACUGCUCCUCGUGUCAUGCUUUCGCAUAUCGCCAAAGUCUCAGCCGCCUCUUUUGGAGGUUCAACAAUCUCUCGUGUUAAGACUCUCAAUCUUCAGCAGAAAGCCGUUCUAUGUGUCCUUGUGACCGCCGAGAAGACCCGUGGAAGUGUCACAGUACGACAAUUGUUCGAGGCGUAUGCGGCCGUAUGCAAGCGGGAGCGAUUGCUGCAUCCAUUGACCAAUACGGAGUUUAGGGAUGUAGUAAACUUGCUGGAUGUAGCUGGGGUUGUCAGUGCAGUCGGCGGUGGUGCCGUGGGAGGCACACCAAGCAAGAAGAAGAAGGCCGGAAUUGCAGAGGAAUGCAGGAUCGGAGCAUGCGUGAGAGAGAUGGAUUUGUUGACAGCAGUGGCAGAUGUGGGACCUAUCCUGACAAGGCUUUUUGAUGCUUAA